GAGAAAACUAGAGCACUAUUCUCUGGCCUCUUUUUCCAAGCAGAAGCAGAGAUUUGUGGACAGCGAGCUGGAGUGAAGAGAUAGCGGGUUGCUGUGUGACUUUUACAUUUCCCUGAGUGCCUGAGAAGUAAACUAAACCAAGGUGUCAGUUCAAGGAUAGAGACACUUUCAAACUUAUCUUCAGAGGCCACCAUGCUGGAGGACAAGAAGACCAAGGUGAAGAUCACCUUCUUGGUUAUCCUGGUGGGCAUCUCGUCCAUGUUGGCGGCGGUGGUGACAGACCACUGGGCGGUGCUGAGUCCAAGGGUGGAGCGGCUCAACACCACCUGCGAAGCGGCCCACUUCGGACUCUGGAGGCUGUGUAAAAAGAGUAUCUUCAUUGUGGAGGAAGACCCUCAGGGUAAAGGCUGUGGCCCUAUCAGCCUGCCAGGAGUCAAGAACUGCUCCUACUUCAAACACUUCACAUCAGGGGAAGAGGCUGAAGUUUUUGAAGUAAAGACUCAGAAAGAGUACAACAUCUCAGCUGCUGCCAUUGCCAUCUUCAGUUUGGCCUUCAUGACCCUGGGCAGUCUCUGCCUCCUGGGGGCUUUUGGGAAGGGCAGAGACUACCUGCUGAGACCAGCUGGCAUGUUCUUUGCUUUUGCAGGUCUGUGCAUCGUCAUCUCAGUGGAGAUCAUGAGGCAGUCGGUCAAACGCAUGAUUGACAGCGACGAGACCAUAUGGAUCGAGUACUACUAUUCAUGGUCCUUCGCUUGCGCCUGCGCCUCGUUCACCCUCCUCUUCCUCAGCGGCAUCAGCCUUCUCAUCAUCUCCAUGCCACACAUGCCCAGAAACCCCUGGGAGACCUGCAUGGAUGCCGAACCAGAGCCCAUAGACUAGUGUAGCGUCGACCACCGAGUAAGAGCGCAACGCAACUGACAAGAGUCACACUAGCAGAGCGAAUGAUAAUGAUGCAUUGCAUUUGUAGAUGAUGAUAGUGAUGCAUUGAUAUUUUUAACUAAGCAUUGACAGAGACGUCAAAUUAUUUAAAGGGAUAGAUUAUCCUAAACUUUUUUUUCUAUUUGUAUAGAUUCUUUGAAAUUGUGUUUCGGCAGAAGUCAGUCAGUCAUACAGGUUUAAAGUAAAUGAUUACAUUAAACUAUCCCAUUAAGGUCUAUAUGAAAUAUCUAACAUUAACUUUGUAUGUUUUACAGCAUAUGAAAUCAUUAUUAUAUGCAUUCAUGCUUAUAUGCAAUAGACGACAGCUUAGAAUGUAUAUUUAGGGACUUGUAUAUAAUAUGCAAAGCUUACAGUCUGUUAUUUCUGAAACAGUGCCAUUGAAUGUGAUGAUGGGUGACCAUAAACGUAUAAGCAAUGGAUAUUUGCAGUAUGACCAGUUUCGGCAAAUACAGAUUGCACUUAUUUUAAGUAGUGACAUUAUUUUUUUCAACGGUUUUCCUUUUUAACAGGUGUAUAUAGUUCAUAUUGUAAUAGUAGUGAGGGGAAUCUAAUAACUUUAUUAGUACAGGUUUAUAGUUCCCAGGUAAUUUAAGCUGUUAUAUUCUUCACAUGCAUCACACUUGGACUUACUGCUUUUGAGCGAGUGAAUCUCAAAGAUCCGCCUCGAGACAGACUGUUAAAACCCCACAAACAUUUUCUGUGUUGAUGUAGUUGGGACAGGACAUAUUGAAGUUCUUGCCCUUUUUCUUAAUAGCCAGUGGCCUUUGGUUUAAGACACACCACCAAACCUUGAGUUACUUCUUCCUGUUGCUGGUUUGAGGCAUCAUUUCGAGGGAAGGACAUUCGCGUUCUCAUUUGAUUGCAUGUUUGGCUCAUUUUCCAAGAAGAAAAUGAUUUAAAAUGUGUAUAUACAAUGAAUAUAUUAGAUAAACUAAUAGUCAUUGACUGGAAUCCACAAAACAUUCAUACAUAUUUUCAUAAACAUUUUUAAUCUGUUAUUCAUACAGAUUUAUUAUUCUGUAUUGUACUCCACUAUAUUGGACUUGUAGAAACACAGUAAACUGUACUUUUUAAAAUUAUACACUGCCACCUGAUAAAUAGAUAUUUUAAGAGAUAGUUCACCCAAAAUUUUAAAAUUCUGUCAUUAAUUACUCACCCUCUUGUGUUCCAAACCCGUAAGACCUUUGUUCAUCUUCA